AAAUAGGCAGCCACAUGAUAGCCCCUUAAAUCAACACACUCACAAUCAAUCAACUAUAUUAGAAAAAAAACAAUGAGUGAGCUUUUCUACUCUCUCCCCACUUGGGAUCUCCAUAACCUUGGAUCAUUCUUCAACCAAAACUUCAGUUUAGAUUCAUGUGGCCACAUUGAUGGAUCGCCGGGGAAUAUUUUACAUUCGCCGGAGGACGAUAUUAUCGGCGACGUUUCCACCGGCUAUCUCGAAGACGCGCUCAUCGAAUUCAGUGUGAAAAGCAAACGGAGACGUCUUUCGUUCAACGCUGAGGACAAACCAACUAACCACUUUGACAAUCACCAGAAUAAUUGGGGUAUGUCUGAGACUUAUAGUUGCACGAGUAGUCAGUUUGCAGAUGAAUCUCCAAAUUCAUCCAUCAAUAUUUGUUCAGAGGCCUCAAAUCACUCGAAACACUCCUUCGAGCCAUCUACGUCCAAUUCAAAGGAAAAUCUCUAUGACAAGAAGAAGAGAGUGGUGUAUCCAUUUGGAGUGGUGAAACCAGGUGGUCGAGAAGAAGAUGUAACCCUAAAUGACAUAAAUAAGAGGAUUCUCAUGCCAUCGGCUCGGCCAGUUCGGCAUCCCGUUGGAGCCUUUGCCUGCCGUCCGUGUCUUUCUGCUCAUGGACCGGGUCUCUCAGGCAAAGCCGUGGUUGCUUUCACGAAGAUACACACAUUAGGGAAGGGUACAAUUACCAUAAUAAGAACUAAGGGGUGAGACGUAAUUAGACUGGGUCGUUAUAGUGUGUACGCAAGAUGACGUGACAAGAAUAAAAGACAUGUUAAACCUGUUUUAUUAAUAAAGAAAAAGAUGUUUUCAAUAA